GAUUGUCAAAGCGAAAUUUUUGUCGAAGUUAUUCGAUGCGAGUUAAUUUUCUGUUUAUUAUUUUGUUGAAGAUGAGUUUUAUCAAUGUUGAUUGUUAUUGCAUUGAAACUAUUUUCUGGUACGAAGAUGGUUUUUAUGUUACUUAUGAUUAUCAAUAUUUCAUACCAAAUGGCGAAUAUAGACAUUAUUCACUACUUUUUCCAUAUCAGCAAGCUUCUGUACCGCUUGCUUACGGACAUCCAAGUCAAGACGGUUUAUACGGACCGCCAUUAGAAGGAUUUCAGACCCCAAAUUAUUGGUCAGAGGCGGAAGUGGUUUCAAAUGAACCUUUCCAAGAAGAGCAGCAGUUUGAAGUGGCAACAAAUAUACCAGAAUUUUGGCCACGGGCAGAGAUGGAAGAAAAUGAACUUCUAGAAGUUCAAAUGCGAAUAAACGAAUCGGAGUCUCCUGUAGCCGAGACGUCGCUACAUUCGAUUCAACCAAAUAUGUUGGAAAAUAAUCCUCAAUCGGAAUGUGAGACUCAAAAAGAAGUGUCCGAACAUGAAAUUGUCGUUCCGGAUAUAAUAAAAAAUAAAGAUUCUUUAUUAGAAACUCGUGAAGAUUUUUCGAUAUCUACGCAUCCACAUAAUAAUGAAGUGGAAUCAGAACCUGGAAUUUCAUAUACAAGUGAUUCUGAUACGGAUAAUUCCGCAUCUUUCAAUACAGAAGAAAUUGUGGAGCAAGUUAAACAAACUGAAACAACAAUGAACGUAACAGGAGACACCACAAUUGACGAAUCGGAAGAUUUCGAUGUCGACGAAGUUUCUAUUACUUUUCCAACGAAAUCCGAUCUCCUGAAUAUGCCUCCCGCGUGGAUAAAGGACGAAUUCUACGAAAGACCUCUGAAAUGCGCUUUUAGAUAUUUAGAAAAAACAUCGUUAGUCAAAGAAGUGAUAUACGAGGAAGAAGAAUUUUAUUAUAUCGAAGACGAACUGUCCGAGCUAUCCGAAAGCGAUGAAUUAGAAACGAGCACUACAAUAAGUGAAGAUGACAAUGACUUUCAUUCCAAUGAAAAAUCUGAUGAGGUCGAUACUGAAACUGACGUAUCGAUAUUCGGUGAUAUAUUUGAAUCCUUAUCCGAAAGUGAAUCACCAAUUGAUGUAAAUAUUGAACCAUCCCAUUCAUCAGACAAAGAUGAAAUGAUAACACCUGGCAAUGGCGAGGAAACGAUUCGAGUGAAGAAAUGUAAAGAAGAAAAAAGCGAGGAAAGAAACAAAGAUCCAAUAAACAAUGAAACUGAGAAUUUCACAAAGGAAAUUCAUAUCCAAGAAACGAAAAACGACGAAGAUAAAAGUUUCGUUGGAGCAGAAAUCAUUUCGGAAUCUGUUAAAAACGAACCUCCAAAAUGUUUGGACGUUGUGAUGCAGAUUCUCAGAAGAAUGACAUUUUUCAUUUUUCCCUGCAUUAAACCAAAGCAUUCGUGUGAUGGAUAA